GAGCAGCUGUGAUGUUUGGACAUGGCAGAGACCAGAGAACCGCAGCAGCUCCACAACUGUUGAAAACAGUUGAGAACAAUAACUGAGGAUUAAACCUUCAUCUCGUCUCUCCCUACUGACGCAGACGACUAGGACCGAGCUGAAACUCUCUCCUCUCUUCACAAGAAGUUGUUCCAACACCCGUCUCAUUUUCCAGAGAGCUAUCAGUUCACGGCCAGUUCAUUGGGUUUCACCGCUGUGGUCAGUCCUGUGGGUUUUCUGAAGCAAACUGCAUGCUGGGACACCGUAAAUGUUGACCUAAACCCUCCUGAGCGGAACUCCUCUGUCUGACUUUGUCGCUGCGUGACCACAGACGGAUGUUUCAUCAAUGCCUCGAUGGAAAGCGUUCUUCAGUCAGUACUUGCGAUGGUCGAGCACCGUCACUCAAGCCCUCGUCCUGUGCGUCAUCACGUUCUGCAUCGUUCUUCCUCUGUGCUGCCAUCAGCUGCUUUACUCUUACUUCUUCAUCAGGACCAUGUACCUGGACUCCAUGAGUGAGGAUGUCCUGCAGGAGAGUCUCAACCGAGGUCAGGACGCCCUGCAUUUCUGGCAGAGUGCUUCCACCGCAGUGUCGUCGUCUUCCAGAUUGAGCGACAUUGCCCGGCAUCCUGAGCUGCUGGUUACUGUGGUGACAGCCAGGCGGAAUGAGGGGCGGGACUUCCACUACUUGCUCCAGGUGAUGCGGCAGCUGAGCAGCAUUGUGGGAGGCUGUGGGGAGCGGCGGUGUGCCGAGGUGCUGGUCUGCGAUGUGGAAAGCGGCCCCCAGGAAAACCAGGACGCCAAGCUGCUGGAGGCCCACUUCAGGGUGGUCCGGCGUUCCCCAGAGGAGCAGCAGGCGAACCGGGAACGAAUCAACACCUUCGAGAGGGAGAAGAGGGAUUACGUCUUCUGUCUCCGCAAAGGAUGGGAGCUGGUGAAGCCUAAGAACGUGGUCGUCUUAGAGGAUGACGCUUUGCCCAGACAAGAUUUUUUCACGGUUGUUAAAGACCUUCUGUCACGUCGCUUUGCCUUCCAGACUCUCUACAUCAAGUUGUAUCACCCCGAAAGGUUGCAGCGCUACUGGAACCCAGAGCCUUACCGCAUCCUGGAGUGGGUGGGGCUCGGGCUGGUCGGAGCGACGGCCCUCCUUCUCACCUUUCCCUACUGGAACCCCUGCUCUUUCUCCUUCACGCUGUCGGCCGGCCACCUCCUCUUCUUCACCCUUUACUUCAUGGCAGCUGCGGAGCUGCUGGGGCGGCACUACCUUCUGGAGGUGCGGAGACUUUCCCCGCAGUUCUACGCCGUCUCCCCGGCCACCGAGUGCUGCACCCCAGCCAUGCUCUACCCCGGCAACGCCUCGCUUAGGGUGGCCGAGUACCUGGACGGCUCGUUCUGUGUCAAGGGGAACGCCAAAGACAUGGUUCUAUAUCACAUGGUGAGGAUGAUCCCUGGGGAAAGGUCUCACAGCGUUGAACCCAACCUCAUCACCCACAUUGGGGCCUAUUCCUCGGUCAGGGUCAACCCAUUCAGGCCCAAACUCCUCUGACAGAACCAGGAGAAGGUGGAUCACAGGGGAUUUAAUGAAAUUCCUUCUAGCUUGGUUCUACUAUUUCUUUUCAGGACUCUUCAGACAUUUGAAGACAUCACUCAGUGAGUACUGGUUUGUCGAUUUGCAGGUGAAAAGGCAUGAAGAUGAAAACUCGGCUUGGUUUGGUUGAAAUAUUCUGUUUUCUAAAUUUGAAGGUUACAACUUCUGAAAACAGAGAGGGAAAUUGAAACUGUCCCUUUUCAACCAAGUUUAGCCUCGUUUCGGACACAAACUACUCUCACUAAGUUGUGUUUUCAGUUUGGGACCUAGACAUCAUCAUCAUGCUGGAGAACUUCUUAAAUCAGUUUUGGCGACUGUCACGUUUUCUAUUCAUCUGAAGUGUUACAUGGUUCUGUAUCACUCUAUUGCCUGGGUUCAUGAAUCUAUUCUGAAAUCCAUCACAUGCUGUCAGAAUACUUCAUCAUCCACUUUCAAAAACUGCAGAUUUUUCACUCAAUAACAUGCUACAUGAAUAUGACGAAAGUGGUAAGAUUAUUGAAGGAUUUGUUCACUGUUAACCCAAACCUGGGGUUGGAUUUAAGGAGCAUUUCAUUGAAUCUGUUCCUCCCAAGUGAUCUUUAGGUUUCCUCGUUGGGUUUUAUCAUUCCAGUGUGACAGUCGAUCAGGCCAUCAAACACCAGGACGAGUCCGCUUCUUUCUUGGGUUGUAAAGCCGGACUUGUGUCAGGUUGAAGCGACUGUUUAUCUUGGCUUAUUUAUCUAGAGGUUUGUGGUUGAACAAUGGUGAACAAAUCCUUUAUGGGACUAACUUGAGUAAGAUGGGGUCAAAGUCUUUACAGCCCUGCAGUCUUGGUGGUCUGUAGUCAAGUCUGUGUGGAUCAAACAGGAGUGGUGAACCCAGACCAGGAUUCGCUGAGACUGUGGAUUUCUGAUUUUGUCAUGCGUUUGUAUUUUUGUACAAAAUGUUGAAAUAAGCAGUCAUAUCAUAUGGUUAACACCAUCUCUGUGGUACAGUGUGCCAUCCUACAGUAGAGUACAGUAGAGCAAUAUUACACUGUUACAGUUCUGCUGCAUGAGAACCAACUACUGCGGCAGAACCACACUAACAGUACCUCAAUGUUUAUGUGAUCUACAGAGCAACGACUCGACCAAACCUCCAUAAUGACACAUGAGGCGUUCCCUGUUAACCUUUUAACGAACAGUCUGAGAUUUUAUCUAAAUCGACCGCUCACUAAAGCUGCGUUCAUGUCACAUCAGCAUCACCUUAAUUAUUUAUGCGGGAGGGAAGGGAAUGAUGGGAAAGACUGGAGAGCCCAACUGCCUUAAUCAAUAAACUCUUACUAAACAAUAUAGAAAGACACAAAUGAUCACAUUAGCUGUACUAGCUAGCAAAACACCUGUGUGCUACAAAACACUAUUGAUGGUUACUAGGCAGGAGUGUAAUUUGAACAAAGUGUAAAAAAAAAAAUACCACACUUGUUCAAUAUAGCACUAUAUCUAUUAAAUCUCAGUAUUUAAUUGCCUUUAAAGGUGCUAUAUAGCUGUAGGUUCUCACUAAUGCUACAUAGCUAGUGAUAGCAUUAGCAGCUGUUUACUUACCGGUCUAGAAGAAACGUAGCGAGUUCAGCAUUAACCUUAAUUUCUUUAUUUGCCAAGAGCUGUCUCCAGCGGUGGAAAGCAACGUCAAUGUUAACUCUUGUUUUGCUACUGAAGUUAGCAUGCUAACAGCUAGCCUCAGUCUGUAGUGAGUCACUGUAGCAUCCAAUUUGCCUUCAAUUCAUCAUGAGAAGACGAAGUAGCGUAUUCUCACUUCUUGUUGUGUAAAUUCAAAGAUGGCUGAAGCUUAGCUUAGCUUAGCAAGUGACCAUCAUCAGGAAACCACAACAGAAACAUCACAUAUAGCCACUUAAACAACAGACUUAGGCUCCGCCUCUGUACUUUUUAAGUCGGACAUAAAGGAUUCAAUUUCCUGACUUGGGUGUUGACAUGAAUCCUGUUUACAAGAAGGAAACUGAUAAUUAUGGUAACUCUGACAUGACGUGAACGUGGCGUUAGCUCACAAACAUCUAGGGCUUAUGGGAAAUGGGGUUCAUUAAAGGCCUCUAAAAAACAUAAAAUGACAUCCUCUGAAAAAGACUACGACCCAAUGCUGGAAUUUUAGUCAUUAGUGCAGCUAUUAAUGAAGUUUUCUUACUUCUGGAUCAAAACCUGGAAGUUCUGGUUUCAUUUCGGCUCUGUUUUGAUUUAACAUAAACCUGUUCAGCUGCUGAGCUUCACACUUUUUGUAUUUUCAAACAAUCAGUUUCACUUUUAAUGUUACAAGAGAAAAAAAACAGUCAGACCCACCUAGUUUACUCUUCUUCAUCUUGUUAACUAGGAGUCUGGUCAGCAGUCCAUUCUGUAGUUACAGUUCAAACCUGAAAACCCCACUAUAAGCUAUAUUGAUGGAGCUCAGCUAACAGUUUCCCCCCAUUUCCAGUCUUUGUGCUAAGCUAGGCUAAACACUUCCUGGAUCUUUCUCUGUCUGGUGUCUGAAACAUCUGACUGUGAAUAAGACAGAGAAGAAGAAGAUAUACUAAAAUGUCAGACUGUUUAUUUAACACCAACCGAGCGUCUCACUGACCACUCUGAAUGUGCCUUUAAUGUUUCUGACAUUAUAAUAUUGACCAUGACUCAGCUCUGGAUGAAGUUGAUCUGUUGCAAUAUUUGAGUGCAUUAAAUUUGUACAUAUUCGUGUGUAGUAAUUAACUUAGAUGAAUAACUGUUAAAAUUACAGGAAGUACCUGCCAAAGUAAAACCAUCAGGCCUACGAGAGUUCUCCAGACUGCCACUAAUGACACUUAAAAUACACUGGAGUAAGAAACCGCCAAAUUAAGAGUUUAAUUCUUAAAAUAAAAUAACAACCGUGAUAAAUUAUAGGUAUUGUUGAUUGUUUUAAAUGCACAAAAGAUAACGGCACAAUUUAAAGAAAAACAUCUUUAAACAGAAUAUUUUGAAUCCAGAAUGAAAAUGAACGUAAUGAGUUUAAAUAACAGAAUAACAGAUUAUGUUAUAUGAUUAUAUUAUAUUUAUUAGACUGUUAAUAUGAUGUGUCUGAGGAAUGUUCUACUUCCUGUUGUGUAUUGUAUAAAUAUACACAUGAAAAUGACAUAAUGAAACACGUUUUUUUUUAUUUACCCAUAUUUUAAAGAAGUAGUUUGACAUUUUGGGCGUCAGGCUUCAUAUUUAAUAUUUAUUGUUACAGAUCUGAACGUCUGACUCUCGGCAUGACAGAGGAAACUAUUCCUAAAAGGAAACAUCAGCUGUUCACUCAUCAAUCAUUUUCACACUACAUAUCACCAGGUGAUCGACAGGUCUGGUCUGUUUGGUAUGGAGAUAUGCAAAGUUAGAAUAAAUAAAUAAAUGAAUAAUGCUGUUAUUAAUGUGGAAAGUCAGUUUUAUUUUUGCACCGUAAAAUCUCCAAAUCAUGAAUGUUUGUGCGAUUGUUUUGAGUGAAGAUUUAAUAUAUCAGAUAACGUGGCAUGAGAUUAAUUUACUAAUAUAAUAAUAAGAUAUUAAAAUAUAUAAUAAUAACAGAGUAGCUUCUAUGAAAUAUAUGAAAACAUAAGGAGACUGACUUCAGAUUGAUUAUCAUUGAUGGAACAUUCUCUUUGUUAAAGGGCUGAUGAUCAAAUAACAAUUUAACUACUAAUCAAUUCAACAUUCAAUUGCACUUUACUAAAAAUAUACAGUAUAUAUAUAUAUAAAUAUAAAAUAAUGAAAUAAGUUAUUUUAUUCUAUAAAGUGAAUGCAGAAAUAUAAAAGAACAAAAUAUGAGUGUUGGAUCAAAAAAAGAAAAGUUGAAAAUACAAAAGAAAUCAGUGUCUAUUUUAUUUAGAGGAAGAUAAAUGAGCUGUAGCUUUACAGUACGAACAGCUUCACUAAUUAAAAUAUAAACUUAAUAUAAAUAUAACUUUUAAUUUAGGGUUUGGUUGAAGUUUGGUUUUGUUUUGUUUUGGUUUGGUUUGGUUUGGUUUCUGACACACAGUAUAUUAUUUUAUUUCACAUUUAAAUCAUAAAGUGUUGGUGUGUCACUCCUUAGUUCAGUGCAAUACAAACAUGUAUUUGAUUAAAGUUGCGUGAUGUUUCAUUUUGUCAUUCACUGCAGAACAACCAUGUUAAUAACAUUUACCUUAAGAUGGAUUUUAUUUCUUUUAAUUUGACUCUUUAUUUUGACAUUUUUGCAGAUUUAUUGUCUAAAACGAGCUCUGAAUCUGAACUCAACUGACCAAAGAUCGGUGCUCUUUUGAAUGCGAAAAUAUGUUGUUUAAAUCAGAAAUUUCAAAAUAAAAGCAUUGUAUUGAUUUCAACUCAAAUAAGGCGUAAAAAAAUUCAUCUGGGAAGGAUGAUGCAAAUGAAAUAUUUUCUGUUUUGGGCUGGAUUUGAAUUUUGAUGUGUCUGUUUACACUGUGACUCUUUCACUGUUUACUACAUUUAAAACACAAUAAAUCAAUGGGUUUGAAAUCA